AUGGAUCGCAAUCGUCCUCUUCCAAUCGCCGACGAGUGGCAGGAUCCCGACUCCUACAUUGAGGCGCUCCUAUUCUUCGCGAAUUCGAACGAGCUCUUCAUAAAUCUAUGCGGUGGCGUGCACAUUCUGGAUUUCCUGACGCGCGAGCCCGAUUUAUACACUACUUUACUUCCAGAGGAUUGGAUCGCAUUCUUCCACCAACAUGACACACAAGAUAUCAUUCGCUUGCUCCUACGGGAAGACAUUAAACCUUUACGAGAGCCCGGUGAUGCGACUCGCACUUGGAACGGAGGCGCUUUCCCUCCAACAACCCUCUUAGAUUACAUCUACAAUGUUCGUCGGCUGAGCCUACGACGAGAUUUCGCAUCUCCCGACCUCGGAAAGAAGACAAAACUUAACAAGCAUGUUGCUAUGGGCAUGAAGAAGAAAAAACUUCAUGAAGUCCAGCAUUUUUCACGCUAUGUGGCUGAUCUUUCGGAAACGGUUGAGCAACGCCGCGGCGAGCCUGUAUCCCAUAUCGUGGAUUUUGGCUCUGGGCAAAAUUAUCUUGGCCGGACAUUGGCCAGCUCGCCCUACCAUAAGCACAUUAUUGCCAUUGAGCGGAAACACCAGUAUAUCAGUGGAGCCAAGGAUAUGGAUGUCAACGCCAAGUUGGCUGAGAAGGAGAAGAAAGAUCAUACUUAUGUGAUCAACAAUAAAAAGAAUAAGGCUUGCAAUGAAUGCGAUGGAGGCUUGGGAGUAGCAGACUCUGAGCCAACGGACCCUUCCCAGGCAGAAAAUCUGGAUGCUAAAUUUGGAGACGUUCCUGCACGAGAAGUGGAGGAGAAUAUUGAGGAUGUCACUAUCUUCAAGAUGUUGGGGGAGAUCACCCUAGAGCCUGACGAACUGCUCGGUACGACUACACCCAACGUUCGUCGUCAAAAGGCCGAGGAGGAAUUUGCUCAAGCUCGAGGCACACUCAGCUACAUUGAGCAUGAGAUUGAGGAUGGUUAUUUGGAGCCCAUCAUCGAUCAUGUCAUGAAUCCACCACCCGCAGAGAAGGAUGAUGGCAAAAAUUCCGAGGAACCAUCCAUUACUGAGCAGCCGAGCAAAGAAACCCGACCCGAUCCUCGAGUCAUGGUGGUCUCUCUGCAUUCAUGUGGCAACCUAGUCCACCACGGCGUGCGCUCUCUCAUCCUGAACCCAUCAGUCGUCGCCGUCGCCAUGAUCGGCUGCUGUUACAACCUAAUGACAGAGCGUCUCGGACCCGCAACAUACAAACUCCCCAUCCUCCGAUCAGUUCACCCACGCCUCUACGAAACCGGAACAUCCUACGACCCGCACGGCUUCCCCAUGUCCAAACUCUACGAGGACUACAAAAAUGCCGGCACAGAUGGCAUGAAACUCAAUAUCACAGCCCGCUCAAUGGCAGUCCAGGCUCCCUACAACUGGGGCCACGCCGACAGCGAAGACUUUUUCACGCGCAAUUACUAUCGUGCCCUCCUGCAACGCAUCCUUGUCGACCGCGGUGUCGUCCCAAAACCCGGCGCCGUAAAAGAUCUAUACGAGGAGUCCAAUGGGACCGCGGCUGUCAUCAUCGGCUCGCUGGGUAAGACUGCGUUCAAGUCUUUCACGGCGUAUAUGCGUGCUGCGAUAGUCAAGUUGACCCGCGACCCAAACCACGGUGUCAAGGUCUCGGAAAAUGUGGGCACCAUGUCUGAUGAGGAUUUCCAGCGCUAUGAUACGGAGUAUCGCCAGGCAAGGAAGAAUCUCAGUGUAGUGUGGAGCUUGAUGGCUUUCAGCGCUCAGGUUGUUGAGACGGUCAUUGUUGUUGAUAGAUGGCAGUAUCUGCGGGAACAUGACUCUGUCAAGGAGUGCUGGGUCGAGCCUGUAUUCGAUUACAGUGAGAGUCCGCGGAACCUGGCUGUCAUUGGGUUGAAGAAGUGA